AUGUCCCUCGAAACCCUCCGCACGAUUUCCCCCACCACGAACAAGCCGGUUGUGACGCGACCUGGCGUUUCGUCCGAGGAACUUGCGCUGCUCCCAGAAACUGCCCAGGCUGCCUUUCAAUCCUUCUCCAAGAAUACUACACUAGCCCAGCGUCAAGAAAUCGUCGCCCGAGCCCUCGGCAUCCUCGCCCAGAAGAAAGAUGCCUUGGGACGAGAGCUGACCGAGCAGAUGGGCCGGCCAACGUCAUACACCGGGGUGGAGAUCGCCACAGCAGUCAAGCGAGGAGAGUUUUUGAACCGUGCUAGUAACGCGGUGCUGGGCGAAGAAGGCACUGUGGACGGUGAAGCCGAAAAAGGGUUCAAGCGCUACAUCCAGAGGAAACCCGUUGGAGCUGUCUUGAUUAUAUUUGCAUGGAAUUAUCCUUACCUGGUCCUUGUCAACAGUUUGAUUCCAGCCAUCCUUGCCGGAAACGCCGUUAUUCUGAAACCGUCGCCCCAGACCCCUACAGUCGCGGAACAGAUUGCCCUGGCUUUCACGGAGGCGGGGCUUCCCAAAAACGUCAUUCAGUAUUUCCACUGCGGAUCUCUCGUGCAGUUGCAAACCCUUAUCAAAUCACCCCAAAUCAACCAUAUCUGCUUUACAGGUUCCGUGGCAGGAGGAUUGGCAGUUCAACAGGCUGCGUCUGAUCGGGUUGUGAAUGUUGGCCUCGAGCUUGGAGGCAAGGAUCCGGCGUAUGUCCGGGGUGAUGUCGAUGCUGCCUGGGCCGCCGAGGAGAUCGUCGACGGAGCAAUCUUCAACAGUGGCCAGAGCUGCUGUGCUAUUGAGCGAGUCUACGUACACGAGAGCAUCCACGAUGCAUUUGUUGCAGAAGUCAAGAAAGUCUUGAGCAAAUAUCGAGUCGGAGAUCCUUUCAAAGCCGAGACACAAAUUGGCCCGGUUAUUUCGAAACGAUCCAAAGAGACCUUUGAGGCGCACGUUGCAGAUGCUCUGUCCAAGGGCGCCAAGGACGAAACCCCGGAAAACGAGUCGUUCAAAACCUUUCCUCGAGAUGGAAACUUUGUCAAGCCGACUUUGUUGACUGGGGUCACCCAUGACAUGGACGUCAUGAAAGAUGAGACGUUUGGACCUGUCAUCCCUGUGAUGAAGGUCAAGGGGGACAUCGAGGCUAUCAAGUUGAUGAAUGACAGCGAGUUCGGUCUCACGGCCAGUGUAUGGACCAAGGACAUUGCAGCAGCCGAGAAGAUUAUUGAGGAGGUCGAGGCUGGCACAGUGUUCAUUAACCGGGCUGAUUACCCAAGCCCAGACCUUGCCUGGACUGGCUGGAAGAACUCAGGCCGCGGAGUCACGCUGAGCAAGUUUGGAUUCGACCAAUUCGUGAAACUUAAGAGCUACCACAUCAAGGACUAUCCGAAAUAG